CGACAGUUGUCUUUGGGAAUUACCUCGCAACUGCUAAAUAAAGACCUCAAUUUUUCGAGAAGGAUCUGAAGGAGACCGUUUUCCUAGAAAAGCCAGAAGCUAUCUCAAUCGUAUCACACAGGAAAACACAUAGGAGGAAACCAUGUCGCGGGCUUCCAAACUUACCUUGGCCGGCACGUCGCUGAUGACUGUCGGCAUCGUCUAUUUUGUCCACUGGACGCAGGAAGCUGACAAGGCUGCCAUGCAUGCCGGUGUGCAACGAGAUCUUGAAAACCAGCGGAUCAAGCGAGAGCGACAAGCGGACUUUGAGAUGCAGCGGGCGCUGGAGGCUGAGUACAGAAAACUCCAAACGGUGUCGGAUGGCGGAAAUGGGGAGAAUAUAGACAGUGGUGCCGGGGUAGGUGCCAGUCAAAGCGCAACAUAGCCGGUUGAUAUCAUCCAAUUCUCCUGCCCGCCUCGCCGCCGGAGCAGCUAUUAAGACGGAAAGGCAAACCCACGGACGCAUUCGAUUCCAUUCGAUUUCGUUCUGCAAGCAAGAAACCAUUGUCUCUGACGGAACAAAGGCGCCAAAGUGGUCGGAAAGGAUAAACGCAUGAGGAGUGCAAUUUCCCUCCUAUGCUUGGAGAUAGCACUGGCAGAGAGAAAGUCUCCAGCCUGAACCAUUGCGAUCACGCAACGAAAGGUCGGUACACGGCGUCCAUUGUACGAUAUAUAUACAAACGAUAGAAUCCGGUUUUGGGAGGAAUCAAAGGGGUCUGUUACUAAAAUAAACUUGCACUAUAUGCGUUAUAUACCCAGAACCAACUGUCUUCACUCAUACAUACGAUCUAUUUAUCAGAUAUUCUGGAUCUCAAAGUGGAAACUUGUGACUCUACACGCAAAAAGGGUCUCCGUGGCCGGACAGCACAUCCCGGGUUUUCUUACCGCCCGCGACUCUUCCUAGUCCAACUGCAGGUCCGGGGAUGGAUCUGUAAAGAAGAUGCGCCGUCUGCUAUUCCUUCUUAAGAUCACGAUAGUGUGCUGUAAAUGCUGGGGGCAAGGGAGACACCAGGGUAGCUGAGGAUAAAGAGCUAGGUGUGCCAACUCUAUUCUUUGCUCCCAAGUAAAGUACCCCUCGCGCGGGGCAUUGUAUACUAGCAAACAAAGGUUUCGUAGUUGGGUACUGUACCAUAGGAAGGGGAACAACUGUCGCGUAGAUAUGGCAGGAAUCGAGUGAGUUUGCGCAGAUGGAUCGAACAAUAAGACAUUUUAAUGAACAAAGGCAAUGUGUUUUGGGAACCAUUGUUUGCUUAUUCCCAUAUGAGCUAGGUAAAAACCAAUUAAGCCGAAC